AUGAAACUCCGUAGCAACAUUAAAAAAUUGUUCUUACUAAACUUAUAUUUCCUAAGGAUGGAAAAAGCAUCAAAGUACUUUGGUAAAAAUAAACUGAAAAAGGUACAGAUAAAAUACGAAAGUGCACCAAAUAAUAAUUCGAUUAGUAGUGUGAAAAAGCUGUGCGUGCACAGAAGUUGCGAUGGGCAUGACGAACAGAAUGACGAACAGAAUGACGAACAGAAUGACGAACGUAAUGGCGAACAUAAUUACGAACGUAGUGGUGAUACAUGGAUUAAGAAGGAAGGAGGAGAGGCGUAUGUAGGGGAUGGAUCGGAUGGAUCAUAUGGAGCGAAAUAUAAUCGUGCGCAAGAGGGAAAGAAUAACGAGGGAAAAACUAAAACGAAUGAGGCUGAAAAAGAAUAUGAUAUUAAAUUCGAAACGAAACGGUCUUUGAAUAAUGGUAAGGGGGAAAAUGAUAUGGGGACAAAAAGAAUAGAGAUUAAAAGGGAAGUAAAAGAUAAAGAGGAUAAGCAGAAUAGUAACAAGGGAAAAGGUGUAAAGUCCAAAAAUGAAGAAGAGGAUAAUGAUGAAAAUAAUGUAGAAUUAAAAAAAAAGCAUUUCUUAAUAACCUAUGACAAAAUAAAAGAAAUGAGAAAAUAUAUAACUGCUCCUGUAGAUAAGUAUGGAUGUCAUAUGUUAAGCGAAAGGACAAAGGAUUUAAAAGUGUUUCGCUUCCAAACAUUAAUAUCAUGUUUAUUAUCAUCAAGAACAAAAGACGAGAUAACAGCUAUGGUAAUGAAAAAAUUAAAAGAAUAUGGAUUAACUGUUGAAAAUAUAUUAAACACACCAGAAGAACAAUUAAAAAAAUUAAUUUAUGGCAUAGGGUUUUAUAAUGUUAAAGCAAAACAAAUUCUUCAAAUUUGUCGUAUUUUAACAGAUAAAUAUAAUUCAGAUAUUCCUCAUACUUAUGAAGAAUUAAUAAAAUUGCCAGGUAUAGGUGAAAAAAUAGCCCAACUUAUUUUGCAAACCGCUUUGAAUAAACAUGAAGAAGGUAUAGCUGUUGAUAUACAUGUUCACAGAAUAGCUAACCGCUUAAAUUGGGUCUACACAAAAAAUGAAUUAAAUACACAAAUAAAAUUAAAAUCAUUUGUACAGAAAGAAUUAUGGUCAGAAUUAAAUACUCUGCUCGUGGGUUUUGGUCAGGUAAUAUGCAAAGGAAAAAAGCCACUUUGCGAAAAAUGCACACUUACCAAUUAUUGCCAGUAUUACAGGGAAAACCUUGUUAAGAAGAAGCCCCAGCCAUAG